AUGGCAAAAUAUAUAAAUUUUGGAGCAGCAGGAGUCACCGGCCUCCUUUAUACUUCCCCUGCCAUAUUUUUAGACUUGCCGGGAAGCGAUCACCACGGCGCUGGAAGAUGUGCAGCUCAAAGUUUGCUGCAUAUCGACCCAUGGAUCACCCCGAGGGAUCGAGUUCGGCAGAACCUGGCUCAUUGGAUCCUGGCACGUCGCAUAGUCCUAUGGAAAGGUAAAAAACCGCCUCUGAAUGGGGAUUAG